UGUCCUCAAACCUUUCCAUUAUUCUCAACCUCUCGUUUUCGCUUCAACAAACGCAGCGUUGUUGUCGUUUCGUUCUUCUCAGCUCACGCGGAUUCUGUGCCUGCGUUUUGGAGCUUCCUCUCGUGGUUUUGCAGAUCGGAGUUUCGUUGCCAUGAUUGAAAACGAAGAUGCGAAGGUGGUGGAGGAGGAAGAGUGCUCGGAGAAACUGGUGUACAUGUGGGGGUACCUUCCCGGAGCCUCGCCGGAGAAAUCUCCGAUACUGUCUCCGGCGCCGGUGCGUCUCUCCGAUCCUUCGCUAGCCGGAGAUUCCUGGAAGGACGUGUGCGGCGGUGGUUGCGGAUUCGCCAUGGCCAUCUCAGAGAAAGGGAAGCUAAUAACGUGGGGCUCGGCUGAUGAUGAAAGCCAGAGCUACUUGAUAUCGGGGAAGCAUGGGGAGAUUCCAGGGCAUUUUCAGCUUCCCACUGAGGCUUUAGUGGGGAAGGCUGCUGCCGGUUGGGCUCACUGUGCUUCAGUCACUGAAGAAGGUGAAGUGUAUGCAUGGGGCUGGAAAGAAUGUGUGCCUUCGGGGAAAGUUAUUACUGAUUUCAUCACUGUGGGAAGCCUUCAAAAGGAUGUUGCUGGGAAACAAAGUUCAUCAAUAGCUGAACAAGGAAGCCCACAAAGCUCAAACACAAGCAGUGGAUCAGAUUCUCAUCAUGAGAACAAGAAAGUGGGAGAUGAAGCUGUAAAGCGUAGAAAGGUCUCCUUUUCUAAACAGGAUUCUGACAGUCAAGCAUCUGGAGAUGAAUUCUUUACUGUGUCCCCUUCUAUUGUGACCCUUGGUAAUGGAGUGAAAAUUACCUCUGUAGCAGUUGGUGGGCGGCAUAGCUUGGCACUGUCAGAUGUGGGACAGGUAUGGGGUUGGGGCUAUGGAGGUGAAGGACAGCUAGGAUUGGGUUCUCGAAUAAAGAUGGUAUCAUCCCCUCAUCUUAUACCUUGUAUUGAGUCUGCUUCUGGGAAGGAUAAAUCAUCAGCUUUUCAUCAAGGAAGUAGUGCUGGAGCGCAAGGGUCAAAUGUUCCUGGAAGUUUUGUGAUGGAAAUUGCUUGUGGAGGUCGGCAUAGUGUUGUGAUAACAGAUGCUGGGGCGCUUCUUACUUUCGGAUGGGGUCUGUAUGGCCAGUGCGGACAAGGGAGUAAUGCUGAUCAGCUGAGACCAACUCUAGUUCCUUCUUUAUUGGGAACUAAAGUGGAGAAAAUUGCUGCUGGACUUUGGCAUACAUUGUGUGUUACUGUAAAUGGUCACAUUUACGCAUUUGGUGGGAAUCAGUUUGGGCAGUUGGGUACCGGUAGCGACCAGCCUGAGACUUCACCUAGACAGUUGGAUGCUUCCCGUUUUGAGAAUAAGCAUUCACGUAUAGUUUCUUGUGGUGCUCGUCACAGUGCACUGCUAACAGAUGAUGGUUCCCUGUUCACUUGGGGGUGGAACAAAUAUGGUCAGCUUGGUUUAGGAGAUUCUAAUGACAGAAAUAUUCCUUGUCAAGUUUCUAUUGCUGGUGGCCGGCCAAGAAAUGUUGCCUGUGGCUGGUGGCAUUCACUGCUGCUGGCUGAUAAAACCGUUUGACUCCAUUUGUCCAUUAGCAUCAUGGUGGUCGCACAAUUUUUUGAUAGGUCCCACUGACCAGUCCACAUUUCACAGGUGGAAAGUAGAUUUGUCCAAAAUCACCCAUCACAGUUGGUUUGUUUUCUACAACCUUCACUUUCUUCCCCUGUCUCAGCCUUUUAGUGCCUUUCCCUUCCCUAGCUUUCCAUUUCUAGAUUGUAGCUUGGAACUAACAUGGACAUGGAGAUGCAAGGCUUUUUUAGUUUGCAUUCAGACUACACAAGACUGUUUAAUUAUGGCUGUAAUUUAUAACGCCCUUAUGUGGACGAGACAGAUAUUUUUCUUGGGAGGGGAAAACUUGGGGUCUUGUUUCAUUCUAUUCUGCUUAUUCGAUAUGACUGUGUAUUAGAAUAGAUGUAUUUUGUGCUAUGGAAGGUACAUUAUGUUCAUAGACGCCAUUGUGAUUCCAUUUUCGGACCUUGUGAUGUGAUCUGCAACUGGUAUUAAGUAUCGUUUUCAUGGUA